AUUAGUUUAAAUUACAACAUAAUGGGAGGAGCACAAAGUUCAGAACAAGGACAGUAUGGAUUUCACGUUCUAAAAGUAAAAGAAAAUUCACCUGCUUAUCAUGCAGGAAUUGAGCAAUUCUUCGAUUAUAUUGUGAAGAUCAACGGUAUUCCACUUAAUAAUGGUGAUAGUAAAGCAUUGUUACAUACAUUACAAGAAUUCGAGGGAAAGCCUUUACCUAUUGAGAUAUAUUCAAGUAAAGAGCAAUCAUUUCGUGAGGUCAUUUUAACACCAAGUAAAGACUGGCAUCCUAACGAUCCAAAUGAGAAAAGCUUAAUAGGCUGUUCAAUUCGUUUCUGUUCAUUUGAGCGUGCUGGUGAGAAUGUAUGGCAUGUUUUGGAUAUAUCACCCAAUUCACCAGCAGAAAUGGCUGGUAUUAUCCCUUAUUCUGAUUAUAUUAUUGGCAGUCCACAUAUGACAUUAAGAAAUGAAGAUGACUUUUAUAGUCUUGUCGAAGAAUACCUUGGUAAACCAUUAAGACUUUAUUUGUAUAAUUCUGAAUGGGAUAGUUGUAGAGAGUGCAUUAUUGUACCAAAUCAUGAAUGGGGAGGAAAUGGCUCGUUAGGAUGUGAUGUAGGGUAUGGAUUAUUACAUAGAAUCCCUAGAAGAAAAAGGAAAGAACAAGAAAAUGAAAGAAAAGGAGAAGAAUCUGCCAAUUAUAGUGAUACGAUAUUCAAUGCACCUGAUUUACCUAUUUCUGAAGAAGAAUUAGAAGAAGCAAGAAGAACUGAGUUACCACCUUCACCUUUAUUAACAAAAUUGAAUCCAUCAGAAGAGGAUAAUGAACUGCAUUAAAAAAAAAAUAAUAAUAAUAAUAAUAAUAUGUCACGUGCAUUUUGGAAUGAAUAAAAAAAAAAUAAAUAAUUUGAC